AUGGAAAAUUAUUUGCCAUUGGUGUUUUUAGUUUUAUUCUGUACAACAGUUUGUGGCGAUGAGAGUGUUUGUAUUAAUAACGCAGAUGGUCAUUAUGAAAUAGGGUGUCGUUCGUACGUCAUAUGUACCGGAGGAACGGGCGUGAUCCAUUAUUGCCCAGAUCCACCAGCCCUUAACACUGUCUACAAUGCCGCUAAAGGCCACUGUGAUAACCCUGAUAAUGUUGGCCGUCCGUGCGGACACUGGCAGGACUGUUCCAUUCUCCCAGACAAACGGUACGCAGACCUCUUCACCAACUGUACGUCCUAUUACACGUGUCAUGGUGGCACAUUCUUUGGACACAACUAUUGUAGUACUGGUUUGAUUUUUGACGAGACUCUGCAGUUGUGUAAUUGGCCUAGCAAUGUGGCGCCACCUUGUGGUACAUUUGGAACACGGUAACAGGAGACUGCUGAUAAAACUGGAAUAUUCUGUG